AUGACUGAGGAUAACCCACCGUCUGUUGCUCCUUCAAGCGCAAAGUCCAAGAAGAACAAGAAGAAGGCUGCAGCUGCCAAAGCCAAAGCCGACACCGUGACCGAUGAGCUAGAUACGUCAAUCGAUCAGAACAAUAAUAAAACCGAUGAUGCCAAUGAGGACCCCACCGAAGAACCCGAUUCCAACGGCGCCGAGCCGGAAACAACAGAUCUCCCAGACCGGUCAGUCAACAAUCAGAAAACUGCUACCACUGGCAAUGCUCCCGCCAGUGCCGAUGACCAGUCCGACCCCACUUCCAAUCACACCGAGCCGAAUGACCGAUUCGAUGCCCUCGUUCGCGAUCGCGAUUCUUUGCGCGCAGAAGUAGCCGAUAUGCGAAAGUCGUUAGAGGAGAUCCAAUCCAAACACACCGCAGACAUCGAGCCUUUGCAACAACGCUUGGACGACGCAGAGAGCAAAAAGGAGCAGGCAGAAGCGCAGUACCAGAAGCUACUGGAGCGAGUGAAUACAAUCAAGUCGCAACUCGGAGAGCGGCUCAAGGAGGAUGCCGAGGAACUGGCUCUUGCGCGAGCGCAAAUCGAAGAGCUUGAGGAUGAGAACAGCGCUCUCAAAGAGGAGCUGGAUUCCAAGUCCAAUCAGAUGCUUGAACUAUCGGGCGAUUCGGCAGAGAAGGAGAAAGAACUGGCUACCCUACGGGACCGAUCGAGUCUAUCCCAACAAAACUGGCUGAAGGAGAAAGAAGAGAUGCUUGGGCAAGAAUCGUAUCUACAAGCAGAAUUUGAGCAAGCGAAAGAGGCAAUGCAUAACUGGGAGAUUCUUGCCAUGGAGGAAAGAUCUAUCCGAGAGAAUUUGAAUGAAAAGGUCGGCGAUUUGGAAGAACAGCUUACCAGCCUAAAAGAGGCAUAUGAGCGAGCAACCGAUGAUCGUGACACUCAACAGUCAACCGUCGAUGGUCUACAGCGAGCCUUGCAAGAGAUCCAGACUGCACGGAAGCAAGAACUGCGAGAGCUUGUGGAGAGCUCCGAUUCACAACUCGAGGAGCUUCGGCGCUCUCUGCGCGAAGCGCAAAAGCAAGCCUCUGAUGCAGACAAGGGCAUUCAAACUGCACAAGAAGAGAUUGAACGAAUCCGGCCUUUCGAGAAGGAAGUUAAAGAGAAGAAUCUCCUUAUUGGCAAGCUACGCCAUGAGGCGGUCACAUUGAAUGACCAUUUGACAAAAGCCCUUCGCUUCCUCAAGAAAGGAAAGCCUGAAGAUAACGUCGACAGACAUAUCGUCACUAAUCAUUUCCUACAUUUCCUCGGCUUAGACCGAUCCGACCCGAAGAAGUUCCAAAUCUUGCAACUGAUUGCAGCUCUCUUAGGCUGGAAUGAUGAGCAACGUGAACAGGCAGGGCUUGCCCGCCCAGGGACGUCAAACAUGCCCGGAAAACUACGAGUCCCGGGAACUCCACUGCGCACACCUAGCACGCCCAAUUUGGCGACAGAGUUUAUGGAAAAUGGUGCCUCCAGCAAAGAGACGCUGGCUGAAUUAUGGUCUAAUUUCCUGGAACAAGAGGCAGAAGCUGGGAGCAUGAACCCUUCAAGGCGUGGAAGCCACCAGGGGCCUCUCAAACCAUAG